GGUGUUGUACGACACGAGGGAAUCAGAGCAAGAACUUCACAUUUAUACAUACAUGAUGGGAAAGGCAACUAUGUCCGCCGCACUCCCCCUUCGCACGCCGCCGUACUUGGUGGACGUCGCCGCCAACCUCACCGAUUGCGUCUUUCGCGGGGUAGACUGGAAAGGCAAUCGAAUCCACGCGGACGACUUCGACCACAUGCUCGCCCGCGCGCAGGAGCACAACGUCCAACAAAUCAUCAUCACUGGCACGAACCUGGCGCAGAGUGCAAAGGCCAUCGCAUUGUGCCGACGAUACCCAGAUCGGCGUCUGCUCUGCACCGUUGGCGUGCACCCUGCCCAUUCAGGAGAGUUUCUCCGCCCCCUCGACCACGCAGCGGUGGAGCGGGUCGUGCAGGACGACACCUCGGUGGUGGACGCGCAUUACACACGCCCAGAUGCCUGCACGGCCGAGGUUGAAGAACAACACGCCGCGGAGCGCCUGGCCUACUUGGUCGAUUUGAUCGAGAAGAAUAGGGACGUGGUGGUGGCCGUGGGCGAAAUCGGCCUCGACUACGCGGAGUUGAUGUGCUGCCCCCGUGAGGUGCAGGCGAAAUACUUUGAGCGUCAGCUCGUCGCCUUUGCUCCGCUGAACCUCCCCUUUCUCUUCCACUCACGCGAGUGCGGCAUGGCAUUUGUGCAGCAGCUGCAGUCCACGUGGCCCAGGUGCCAGCGGGACGCCGCUUCUUCUCCUUCCUUUUCUUCUUCGUUGCGUGGUGUGGUGCACAGCUUCAACGGCAGCCGCGAGGAGCAGGACACACUGCUCUCCAUGGGCCUCUACCUGAGUGUGAACGGCAGCGCGUUUCGCGACAAGGCUGUCGCGGACCAAGUCGCUGCCAUUCCGCUGCACCGCCUCCUGCUCGAAACGGACGCGCCCUGGUGCGAUGUGCGACCGAAGGACUACGGUGCAUCGUUCGUGACGACGACGCUUCGCACCAUCAAGCGCAAGAAGCCGUUUGAGUUGGGUGCCUGCCUGGAGCGCCGUAACGAGCCGUGCCACCUCGUGCAGGUGCUGGAGGCGUACGUGGGCAGCCGACGGGUGUCGCCUGAAAUCGCUGAGAGCGAGAGGGCAGAGGUGGACAAGGAAAAGGUUGUCGCCGCCGUGUAUGAGAACUGCCACGCGCUCUUUGGCUUGUAA